AUGAGCGGCAACGUCAAGGAAGUCGAUGGUACACUUGUGACCAAUACCGAUGUCGAGCCUCCAAGCGACUGGACAAACAACUACGAAGACAUGGGCGGUGACCUGCAGUGGAGUGAAGGUGGCGACGUCCCCGAGUUAGUCGAAGGAUACGGUCUCGAAGGCACGGUCAAGCCCCUCUUUGCUAUGCAGCCCUACACAGGAGAGGCGAUAUCUCUCUUCGAGCUCAGCGGCACCCAUUACAUCUACAACGCCAUCGAAGGAUCGCUGUACGAGAUCAAAUCGCCCAAUGACCUUCAUAGUAUUGUGAAGACGAUUGAUGACCCCGACCAGGGUCUCAGUGCGCUUGAAAUUGAGGCUCUCUAG